GCUCUACUAGAACAUUUCCGAUAGUACGUAAAAGCAGCACCAGAGCUGCGUUUGACACUUCUAGCCCGACACAAGCUAAGGUUCAGCAUGUCUGAGAAGGAGCUGGGGAAAAAGUGGGACCGAUGCCUGGCAGAUACUGCCAUUAAACUCGGCACUGGGCUGGGGUUAGGAAUUGUGUUUUCUGUCCUGUUCUUCAAACGGCACACAUGGCCGAUUUCAUUCGGCUCAGGAGCAGGACUUGGCAUGGCAUAUGCCAACUGUCAGAAUGACCUGAGGUCGCAUUAUUUGCAGCACAGAAGCCAAAAGGAGUAAUAGCCGCAAGUCAUCAAGGGACUGUUGUUGUCAUUUUUUGGAAUUUGUCCUUUUGUUUUGUUUUGAGAGAGUCACCACUUGCACUGUUCUGCAGUUAGAUUCUCAUCUACCAGCUGAAUAAUCCAUCCCCAGAAUGACUCUACGAGAUUUGUACGUGUGUGAUCAAGACCGCCUGUGUUUAUUUAAUAAAAUAAUCAUAACACCAAAAA